AUGUGCGAUAGGGAGGACGACGAGGUGAAGACUAAGCCCCAGAAGAAGUCUCGCCACGAGCAGGAGGUGGAGAAGCGGGAGGCUGAGAAGGCCCUGACCAAGCUGGAGACGGAGCUGAUGGACCCAGGCCUGCGACCCCAGACGGCGGCCAGCUUUGAGCGCCUGCUACUCAGCUCCCCUGACAGCUCUCUGCUCUGGCUGCAGUUCAUGGCCUUCCACCUGCAGGCCACACAGAUAGAACAGGCUAGAGCGGUGGCCGAGAGAGCCCUGAAGACUAUCUCCUUCAGAGAAGAGCAGGAGAAGCUGAAUGUUUGGGUCGCUCUGUUGAACCUUGAGAACCUGUAUGGGACAGAGGAGAGUCUUCAGAAGGUGUUUGAGCGGGCCGUGCAGUAUUGUGAACCCAUGCCCGUCUACCAGCAACUGGCUGACAUCUACGCCAAGUGUCAGAAGACUAAGGAGGCGGAAGGUCUGUAUAAGACCAUGGUGAAGCGGUUCCGUCAGGAUAAGGCUGUGCGGCUGAGCUAUGGGACCUUCCUGCUUCAGCAGGGUCAGAGUGACGCGGCCAACGCCCUGCUACAGAGGGCCAUCAAGAGCCUGCCUAUCAAAGACAAUGUGGAUCUGAUAGCUAAGUUUGCCCAGCUGGAGUUCCGCUACGGAGACGUAGAGCGAGGAAAGACCAUGUUGGACAAGAUCCUGACCAGCUACCCCAAACGCACCGACCUGUGGUCCGUCUUCAUAGACCUCAUGGUCAAACGCGGCUCCCAGAGGGAAGUCCGUGCUGUGUUUGACCGUGUGAUCCACCUGAGUGUAGCGGUGAAGAGGAUCAAGUUCUUCUUCAAGCGUUACCUGGAGUGUGAGAAGAAGAAUGGCACGCCAGAGAGCAUCCAGGCUGUCAAGGAGAAGGCCCUGGAGUACGUAGAGUCUAAAGGGCCAGAGGCCGCCAGCUAGACACACAUAUACACAGAGACACACACACACACACACACGCGUACGUCAUUUUGGGGGAUUUUCCAACAGCUGUUGUGCAACUGUGGGAAAAGAAGCAAACUGGCAAAGAGCUCAAGGGAAGCCUGACCUGCGUGUCAUAACAGC